GAAUCAGAUGGUACAUGCUGAUGUAACAUUACUUCCAAUCGAUACAGCAGAAUGUGAUACAAAAAUGUUAAGGAGGCUCUGUGCAGAUGGCAUAAACGUCACUCUUAUUGUUCUGAUAACGAAAUAUGCGUACUGUAUUUGUUGAAAUGAUUCACAACAAAUGCAGACAGGGCUUUUACAGCUCAACUACCAUAAAAAGAUUUGAGGUGCCUGAAAAUAAAGUGUCAUGGUCUGUUGAGUAUCCAGAAUAUAAGCCAGUAGAAUAUACUGCUCCGAGUGUCAAAGGGAAACCUUGGGCGGAUCCGGAAAUCAGCGAACCAUCAUUCAAACCCAAAUGGAAUACCCUCGAUGGAAAUGUGAAUCGUAAAAGCUUUACGAGUGACUAUAUUAUAAAGGAUGGUUAUCCUUUGAAUCCUAUAGGUCGUACUGGAAUUGUCAAACGUGGACUGUUGGGGAGAUGGGGACCAAACCAUGCAGCAGAUCCCAUUGUCACACGUUGGAAAAGAAAUGCCACAGGCGCUACAAUAAUAGACAAAAACUCAGAAAAACCAAUUCUACAGUUUGUUGCUAUACAGAGAAGAGAUUCAGGGGAAUGGGCUAUUCCUGGGGGAAUGGUCGAUCCUGGAGAAACUAUAUCAGCAACUUUGAAAAGAGAAUUCAUGGAAGAGGCUAUGAAUUUGUUAGAGAAAAAUGAAGAAGAACAAAAGGAAUUGGAGAAAUCUAUCAGAGAAUUUUUUGAAAAGGGAGAAGAAAUUUAUAGGGGAUAUGUUGAUGAUCCCAGGAAUACUGAUAAUGCUUGGAUGGAGACAGUUGCCUUAAAUUUUCAUGAUGCUGAUGAUAGCAUUUUGGGGAAAAUAACAUUGAUGGCUGGAGAUGAUGCACGCAAUGUGAAAUGGAUGGAUAUUGAUAAAAUGCUGAAUUUGUAUGCCAGUCAUAGUGAAUUUAUUCAAAAAACUAUACAAAAGCAUGAUGCACAUUGGUAAUUAAAAUACACAAGACUGCUUAUUUAAUAAGAUUUUAUUUCUAUCAGGAGCUGUAUAAAAAAAAACAUACACAAACACAAUUAUAUUAUAUAAAAAAAAAGAUUAAUACGAUUUUAAUGUUACAUAAAAUAGCAUUAACAAUCUAUUUUGUCAUAAAUGUACAUAAUCAUCACAGAUAACAGUACAGAUUAUUUUGAAAGUAUAUAAAAUCUAAAUCACUAUUUAAAAUAAGUCAAAAACAUGAGAUAAUGAAAAUUAAAUUUUCCUUAACCAUAAGAGCAACACACUUUACGUUCACAAUUUAUUAAAUAAAUAUUUUUGUAAAAAUACUGUAUAUUAUGAAUAGAUCUUACAAUAUAAUAGAAGUAAGAAUACGAAA